AUGUAAUACACUCUGCUACUGCAUGAGAACUCCCUCAUAGAUUGGAAGAUAUCUAAAAGCUAAAAAAAAAUUGAAGGUUUUAGCAUAUUGGUGAAUGGGAAAUGGGAAUACUUCGAGAUGGAGAAAACCCAUUUAGAAUUUUUUAAAUAGUUCCUGGAUGCAAAGAUCUCCUACUAGAACAUUCAUAGCUUAUACAAGAUGAUAUCUUUUUGUGGGAGAGGCUCAUAUGGACAUGUAUUUAAAUAUCAGAAUCGCAUAAGCGGUGAACAAGUAGCAUGUAAAUCACUGAAGAUCGGAUCGAAAAACACACAAUAAAUAUUUUUGCAGGAAGUCAGGAAAUUAUAGAUAUUAAAACACCCCAGCAUAGUGAAGUUGAAGGAGUUUUAUUUGGAAACUAAACAUUGUUACAUAGUGAUGGAAUUUUUGGAAGGGAAAUCCCUCAGAGAAUUGCAGGGACAGAAAAGACUCAAUGAGGAGGAAAUCAUUUUAAUUUUAAAGUAAAUAUUACAUUGUAUUCACUAUAUACACAAAGAAGGAUAUGUGUAUAGAGAUAUAAAAUAAGAUAACGUGUUAUUCGCUGAAUAGGGAAAUUUGAAUAGUUUGAGGUUGAUUGAUUUUGGAUUGGCCAUAACUUUGAAUGACCUCACAGCUCAAGGGAAUCGUAUCUGUGGGACUCCUGGAUACUUGGCUCCUGAAGUGAUCAAUUAAGCUAAAGAUUUGGAUUAUAAAAUUGAUAUGUUCAGUUUGGGAGUGAUGUUGUGGGAGAUGAUCCACAAUAAGAGAUUUUUCGAAGGGUGUGAUCAAAGCAUUCAAGAGAGAAUGAACAGACAAUAUAAGUUUUCGGAUGAGUUUACUAAAAAUAUAGAGAAUUAAACUUUGAGACAUUUGGUGGAGAAGAUGAUACAUCACAAUCCUGAUUAGAGAUUGACGGCAAUGGAGGCAUUGAAUUAUUUGGAUUGGAGUUUGAUGAAUAAGUGUGAGAAUGUGAAGGAGAUUGACAAUAAUAUAAGUACAGAUUGA